CAAUCAUACUGUCAAGUGUGUGUGAUUGUGCGUCAGAGUCAGUUGUGUUGUGAAUAGGUCAGGGCUGUUAGAUGAAGAUGAUGAUGAGGGGUUCAUCCUGGAGAGGGUCCAGCAUGGCCCACAACCACUGGACAAGCAUCUCAUCCCAUCCACCUUUCUCAGACUUAAGUGACAUCAACAACAACAAAUGUCUUCCUGGACAAUCAUUGAGCUCCUCUAACAAAAUCAAUUCCAAACCGAAAACCCUUCCCCGUGAACAUAUUGACAGAUAUAAGCGAGGAGAUACGCACCCAGUGUCGGCGUUGUACCAGCUUUCUCAGGUUCUGCAGUUUCAACUGGAUAUGAAAGAGACUGUUACCACCGCAGGAAUAACGGGGUUUUACUUUGCGUUCUGUGCUGUGAUUGAUGGAGUUCAGUAUAAGACGGGAAUGGGCAUCACAAAGAAAGAAGCCAGGGCCAAAGCAGCUGAACUGGCCCUUGAAGAGCUCAUUGCAAGUCUAGAAAAUGAUGGGAUUCCUUCAGAUGUUUCUGCGGGACCUCCUCCUCUGCCAGUAAGAGAGAAGGACUCAACAAUCCCAGAAGUCCAUUCUGGAAGAGCUGUAAUUGAAAGAAAGAAUCCCAUUAAGGAUCAGGUACCCAAUGUGGUGAUGGAGAUGUUCACCAAGCUAAUGGACAGUUACCCAGAAUUCUCUGGCUGUGGCGGAACAGUGGCUGCAUUUGUCAUGCUGUCUCCUGCUGGAUGUGAGGUUGUUGCUCUUGGCACGGGCAGUUCUAAUACCAAAUCCAGUCCUGCACCCACAGGAAGAAUCCUGCAUGACUCACAUGCAGUAGUAACCGCGCGGAGAUCAUUAAUGAGGUUUCUGUACAGGAACCUGUUGCUGUUCUUCAGUAAGAAUAGUGCUCUGGAGGAAAAGUCAGUCUUUCAGCAGGACCAGACCACGAAACUCCUCAGCCUCAAAAAUCACUUCACUUUACACCUCUACCUGAGCCAACUGCCCAAAGGAGCAGCGCAGAUACCGUCUCAACUCCGCCUCAAUCCUCUGUCCAUCUCUGCGUGGGAGGUGAAUAAUCAGAUCGGCCUUCAUGCCGUGGUGGAAGGGAAGGUUUUCUCCAAGUUCUCCAGCUCGUAUGAGCAGAUGGGCUCACAUGUGGUCAGUAUGUCGGCCACUGAUAAGAUCAUGCAGUGGCAGGUGUUGGGCUUCCAGGGGGCGCUACUGAGCCACUUUAUUGAGCCGGUCUACGUGAGCAGCAUCUUCAUUGGCAAUGGGAGCUGCAGCGAUACUCGCGGUAUGGAGAUGGCAGUGAACCAGCGUGUGGAUGGCAUCACCUCAGCACUUCCCUUGUACUACUGUGUCUACCGGCCGCACAUCAGCUUGGUGUCCUCAGCUGUGCCUCCAGAUGCGCACCCUUCCCAGAAAUCCCUCAGCCUUAACUGGAGCCAUGGAGACCUUUUGGUGGAGGUAGUCAAUGCUCUAGAUGGGAAGUCUACUGAAGAUUCUCCAUUUAAGAGCAGUCCAGCCUUGGCUAGCCGACUUUGCAAGGCAGCGAUGUUGAGUCGAUUUAAUUUGGUAGCUAAAGAGGCCCAGAGAGAGGAGCUGCUCACCGCUGUGACCUACAGGGAGGCCAAGAUGAUGGCAAAGCCGUACCAGGAAGCAAAGAGUGUGCUGAAGUCUUACCUGGAGAGGAAGGGCUAUGGCCAAUGGGUGGAGAAACCGCCGAUCAGUGACCAUUUCUCCAUGUGAGAACCAUCUACAGAUGCCAUGAGCCACUGCGAUGGCAUGUUUAGUUUUUUAUAUGUUGAAAUUGCAUGCUAAAGUACUUUUUGGUUUGCAUGUUUGUUUUGUUCAGUUUUGUUGUUUCUCGAUGGCAAAAAGUGAGGCACUUACAGACAACAGAUGUACAUAUGUUUGUGGACUGGGGAAAACUACCGGAUUUGAAGUUUCUUUACACAAGUGCAAAGAUAUAAAAUAAAACCAGUUCAAGACAGACCAUAGUGUAAAAUUAAAAAUUAAGGGGGCGUUCUGUUUUGCUUCCAAGGCAAAUGAAAAUAAAAGUUUCUUUUGGUCAUCCGUUUUCUUUACUGUCUGAAUUCUCUG